GGGAGCGCGGGGUUUGAUGGGAAGGCAUUGGCUCGGCCCUGCGGUCUGUCAGUAGCUGUGGCUGCCGGCUGCGGAGGCUGGCUGCGUGGUGGCGGUCGAGGCUGGCCCGAGUGGCCCGAGUGGACGCUGGGGCCGGGCGGCUCCCGCUUUCCUCAGCUGUGACUUCCUUUGGACAACUCAUGAUAUUUAUCAUUGUGCCAAGUUUCUACAAAUAAAAGAUGGGUGGAUUACUUUCUCGAUGGAGGACAAAACCUUCCACAGUAGAAGUUCUAGAAAGUAUAGAUAAGGAAAUUCAAGCUUUGGAAGAAUUUAGGGAAAAAAAUCAGAGAUUGCAAAAAUUAUGCGUUGGAAGAUUAAUAAUCUAUUCCUCAGUUCUCUAUCUGUUUACAUGCUUAAUUGUGUACUUGUGGUAUCUUCCUGAUGAAUUUACAGCAAGACUUGCAAUGACACUACCAUUUUUUGCCUUUCCUUUGAUCAUCUGGACCAUAAGAACCGUGCUUAUUUUCUUCUUUUCCAAGAGAACAGAGAGAAAUAACGAAGCAUUGGAUGAUUUAAAAUCCCAGAAGAAAAAGAUACUUGAAGAAGUCAUGGAAAAAGAAACUUAUAAGACAGCUAAAUUAAUUCUUGAAAGGUUUGAUCCAGACUCAAAGAAAGCAAAGGAGUUUGAGCCGCCAUCUGCUGGAACAAUUGUAACGGCAAAACCUGGACAAGAGAUUCGUCAGCGGACUGUAGCUCAGAGAAACCUUUCUCCAACACCAGCAAGCUCUAAUCAAGGGCCUCCUCCACAAGUUCCAGUAUCUCCUGGGCCAUCAAAGGAUGCUUCAGCCCCUGGUGGACCUCCAGAGAGAACUGCUACUCCAGCCUUACCCAGACGUCUUGGAUCCCCUGCUACUUCAGUGCCUGGAAUGGGCCUUCAUCCUCCCGGUCCACCCUUAGCAAGACCCAUUCUCCCACGAGAACGAGGUGCUCUGGAUCGAAUUGUGGAAUAUUUAGUUGGUGAUGGUCCACAGAACAGGUAUGCCCUUAUAUGUCAGCAGUGUUUUUCUCAUAAUGGCAUGGCUUUGAAGGAAGAGUUUGAAUAUAUUGCUUUUCGAUGUGCCUACUGUUUUUUCUUGAAUCCUGCAAGAAAAACAAGACCCCAGGCUCCAAGACUUCCAGAGUUUAAUUUUGAGAAGAGACAGGCAGUGGAAGGCUCAAGUUCAGCUGGCUCCUUGCCAUCAGAAAGUGUACCUUCAUCAGAGAACCAGUUCAGUGAAGAAUCUUUAAAAGAACAAGAUGUUCUUGAUAAUAGUACAGAGCAGACAGAUGACAAAAUGCCAGUGACAGAGCAGACAAGCCAAGUGAUUGAAACAGCAUCUGGUUCAGAGGAGUCAGAGGAGAAACAAGACGAGACGGAAAAGGAGGAAACCACAAGUGAAGCCAGAUCAACAGUUCCCAGAGAUGACUCUGUCCCUAAUCUUGAAUUAGGUGGAGAGUCUUUGAUGAUAAAUUAGUAAAUGCUUCCAUGUGCCUUUCACUGGAUAUUUGUAGUCUUGUUGAUGUCAGUUAUUGCUCUUUUUUUUUGGUGGUACUUAAAUUUUUUUUGCCCUUUUAGGUGUAUGCUUAAUAUCGUUCAAAUUCAGAUUGCCUAGCAAGUUUAGUAUGUCAAAUUCUAUCUACUGGAUACUGAAAUUAAAAGAAAGUGGUAUCAGUGAAAUAAAAUCCUUUUGAAUGUACAAGGAUCCACACAAUUUAGAUAGCUGUUACAUAUUUUGUGCAUUCUAAA